GAAGGAUCUUAUAGCUUUCCAUGGGAAAACAUAAAGGAGGAAUCCUGUGGAUUACCUCCAAGGGAUGUGGAUCUCACUGCACUUAUUGAAAAAGAGAUGGAUUUGCAUGCCGUUGAGACCUAUUUAAAUCGUUUUUGUUUUGCAUCACUUAAAGUCAAAGUGUUUGAACCAAAUGGAAAUCUUGUACGUGAAGUCCCUAAAACAACUUGUUGGUCACCAAACCUUUUUCUUUCCGAUUCGAUUCCUUUAGUAGAGUCAGCUAUUGGUGGUUAUUCUCUUGCUCUUGAUGUUGGUUCUGGAACUGGAAGGGAUAUGGUAUUUUUAGCAUCUCGAGGUUGGAACGUCAUUGGAAUUGAAAAUCGACGUCGUUUGAUUGACCAAGGAGUUGCUCUUAGUCGAAAACAUGGUGUUUCAGAACGUGUUCAUUACCUUCAUUGCGAUUUAAAGGAUCUCUAUCCUGUUAAGAAUGAAAGCGUUGAUCUCCUGCACGUUUGUCGUUUUUUACAUCGACCAUCGUUGCAAAACCUCUUGAAGCUACCCCGUAAAGAAGGGAAGGGUUAUCUUAUUUACUCCCAUUUUCUAGACGGAUGUCAGAGGACGAAGGUGGGACACCCAUCGACGGUUGCUGGUUUUUUUCUCCGGGGCGAGUUACGCCAACUACUAGAGAGUACCGGGUACACAAUUUUAACGGAACGCGAAAACGCCUUGCCAGACGGAAGGCCGAUGGUAAACAUAUUCGCGCGAAGAAUGGAAUGA